CGUUAGUGUCGGUCAGCAAAUGGCGGCUCGCCGUGUCGGUGAGUGUUCGUUUGUUUCAUGGUGCGCGCGACGCGCACGGCGCAGUUCGUCUGUUUCUGAAAACAAGAGGGGGCACACGGAACGGUACGAGCAUCGGCAGUUCUGCUAGAAAUCCGAGAUAAUCUUAUUUUUUAAUUCGAUCUCCCACGGCUGAACAAGCGAUAUGCUGUUGGUAGAAGCUGACGCUCCGUUGAUGGAUAUUUGAGUGAUUACGUCACGGUUCAACAUCGAAAUGGCUCGGUCUUUCACCUACGACAGGCCUCUGGAUGUGAAAAUCAUACCCGCUUCGGAGAAUACGAAUCACGAGUUUCAGUUUCAGAGAGUAUUGGGGAUUAAGAAAGAAGUGGAAGAUGUUCCGCCGGAUGAGGAAAUCGGACUGCCUGAAACAGAAUCAGCAAAUAAUCUUCAGCCCGCAUCUGCAAACACAUCAAAAAUGCCGCCCAUCGAUGGUAAAGGCGAAACCCAUCCCCACCUUGUGAUAAAAUUUCGUGAUCUUUUGACACGCUCAGGACAGAGCUAUGGAAGAAAUGGGAAAAACAAGAAACGUGAACGUGAAUACUUGACAGAGGACAAACUAACUUCAUUUGAAGCGGAUAGAAUUAAAAGGCGUAGAUCUGAAUCAAGUCGCACAUCAAAAAGGCGCAAAUCUGAAUCAAGUGUCACGUCAGAAAGGCGUAAAUCUGAAUCGGGUGUCACAUCAGAGAGGCGUAAUACGAGGUCUUCAAUUCUUCAACAAAUACGUUCAAACUGUGAUAAUGUGAAAAAAAGUGCUACGUUGAAUUCGUCAAAACUAAAAGAAACUAAUGACAAAGCUAAAAACAAAACCGUACGCAAUUCAACUCCGAUGAUCGAUUUGAGUAAGAGUGGAAACAUGCACAUAAAUUGUGACGUCUGCGGGUUGCAUUUUACAAGCUAUCCAAAUUUACAAGCGCACAAAAAUUAUUAUUCUACAGACGGAAAAUACCAAUGUAACCUUUGUGGUUUAAGAUUUUCCAGAUUUGGGGUGUUAUCGAGACACAAGAGGGUUGCGCAUUCCACCUUACCCCGUCAAUAUUGGUAUCGGUACAAAUGUGAUAUUUGUAUGGAUCAUUUUAAAACGAGAAUAAGCUUGAUUGUACACACGACACAUUUGCACGCCAAAGAAUUGACAUCGAAUAAAAAAAGCGAAAGGUUGUACAAAGAAGUAGUUCUAAGUAACAUUGUGUCAGGAAAAAGAAGGAGACCACAAACGUCCGUAAAGAACUCUAAGCGUAGCAUGAAAUCUGCAGCACCAAGCAAUUUUCACAACUCUAAAGUAUCAUCGGUCGAAAUAACUCAGUCUUACACAGAUUUCAUAGAGUCUGUGGGAGAUACAAAUAAUAAAGACAAACAAAUCGGUGAAACAUUUAGAUCUGAACAGGAUUCCGGGUGUCAGAAUAUCUCACUAGAUAAUCAAGCUACCAACGGCGCUGUCGAUUCGAAUAACGAAAAAGUUAAUAGAAGGUCAACUAGACAAAGUUUGAAGUAUGUCGAAGAAUCAAAUUCAGCCCAGUGCGAUGGAGACAAAGUUAUGACGCAGCAAAAACUUGAACCAUUAAUUAAGGAUUCAGAAAAAACGUGCAUAGGAUUGAAAAAAUCUCAAGAAGUAAUGGGUAAUAGUGUGUGUAGUUCAAAACGAGUGUUCAAUGAAAAUGGAGGUAUGCAAGAAUCGAAAGACCAUAGUAAGCAACUACAUGGAUUACCACGUGGGAGUGAGAGAAGCCUCUCAAAUUUGUCACAAGAUGGUCCGCCGCAACUACAGCAAGAUUCAUUCCAGGGCAUAGCAAAAUCAGCCAAAGAUGAAUCUGUUGCAAAAGAGUUCGACCUGCAGCAAGAUGGUACAAAUGAGAAGAAAAUAUCCCCGUCAUAUGAACAGUUGAAUUAUCAGGUAGGCAUAGUUUUAUCACACGAUGAAUUAGAAGAAAAAGUUGACCUAUCCACAAUGAAUAUUGACGUUGAUAAUUCAGCUGUGAAACGUAUCAACUGUGGAAAUAAUUUAAAUGAAACUAAUGAUUUUGGAGAUUCACGCGAGUCAAUUUUCGUCGGUCAUCAGGAUAAAGACGUUGAUGUCAAAAACUGCGAAUCAAUAUCCCUUAGCAUGGCUGUUUCAGCUUUAGGCGUUCCUUUAAUAGGUUCGGAUAAUAUUGAAUUCCAUGAUGCAACCAUGCUAAGAAAUUAUGAAAUUCCGUAUUAUCAAAUUAAUAAAGAUGUCAAAGUGUCGUUGGUAAAAUUAGAGAAUAUGGUGGAUUUGCCAGAAAUUAAUACUCCGAAAUCAUCGGUUUGCGAUAUUAUUAGAUUAACGAAGACUGAAAAGCCGAAUUGUUAUGUAAGUGAAAAACCUUUCGCAAAUAGAGGAAGAUGGCGUAUUUCUCGGCAGAAAGAACGAGAAAAUGUUGAAUACAAUAAGAAAUCAAGAUCAUUUGUUAAAAAAACGCACGGUGCUAUUGGUUACUGUCCACAGGUACUUUCAAAUGACGGUGCGUCGGAGGAACGUGGGGAAUGGGAAACUGCGAAACAACCAGAUAGAUUUUGUUACGUUUGUAACAAAGUUUUCCAAAGUAAGGGAUCACUGGUAUCCCAUUACAUAAAGAUACAUAUAGAGCCUGGAUCUUUUCGAUGUUGUUUGUGUAAUGCGCAUCUUAAGCGUCCAAAAAGGUUAAGGAGUCAUAUAUUUAAGCACUGUCAUACGUCAAUUGAACAAAUCUGUCGGAGAUUCUGUAGAUCUUGCAACGGAGAAUUGAAUAUUUUUUCAUUAAAAAAUAUUUGUGCAGAUUGUAUAAAAGGACAAAGGCUUAGUAGGGGUAAAGUUUUACAAAGAAUAUUUGGAAAUAUUUCCGUGUUGGAUAAACAACAAUUAGCUCACACGUUAGCGUGUGAGAAAAUAAGUCCUUCAGACAAUAGUCGUGAAUUGCUACAUGAAACAUUGGGUGUGAUAAGUCCAAAAGAUGUUAAAGUUAUCUCAGCAGUCGAUGAUUCUGCUGAAAACGGCUUAAAAGUUCAAUGUUCGACUACGUCCCGCGAAAUUUCAAAAAAUUCGAAAUGCUCUGGAUCUAAUCGUUCGUUUUCUCAAAGUAGUAUGGUGCAAACUGAUUUAGAAUGUCGCAAACCAAAAACUCAGAUUGGUUUUAUGUCUCAUGGUUAUAAAAAGAUGUCCAGGACUUGCAGUUAUAAAAGUAGAACGAAAACUUUAAAAGUGGGAUCAAAAAAACGCUUCAAAUCAAUAAAUUUUGCCGCACAUGAUAAAGAAUGUAUCAAAAAACUAAUUACUCGAAGUAGGCCCGAGUUUUUCCAAAGAAAAACACGCUCGGUAAAACGUCGUAUGAUAGGGCCUCAUUUUCGCAGCAAUACCAGAAAGUCUUUCCAUCACAGGUGCAAGACAUGUGGAUUGAAUUGUUGUUGCAGUAAGAAUUUGGAAGUACAUGAAAGACGCUAUUCGACAGAGGGAAAAAAUUCUUGUAAAACUUGCGGACUAACAUUUGCUUGGAAACAUGUAUUGGUUGUACACAUGAAAAUGGCUCAUAAUCCGAAACCCCUAUUCUCCAGAAGAAUCAGGUGUGAGAUUUGUAAUCAGGGUUUUUAUAAUAAAAAGUUUCUUAGGAUUCACCUCGCACAUUUUCACAACAUUAAAUUCAUCCAAUGUCAAGUCUCGGAAAUAAAAUUCGACACCAGUCAAUACUUGAAUGACCGUAGAAGAUAUUAUUCCAAAACUAUUAACUUGCCGUGUCAUAGUUGUGAUAAAACAUUUAACUCUAAAUAUGCAUUAGAAUACCACAAAGUGCAGAUCCAUAAUGCCGAAGAACCAAAGGUCUGGAAGUAUUCGUGUAGUACGUGUGACUGCGCAUUUCCCGAUAAAUUAUCGCUGCAAGCCCACGUCCGACACUUGCAUGUGGUUCAAGAUAACGAUUCCGUUGUGACGACGCAUAUGAAAGGUGCACAUGCACCAGCGGAUCAACAUCUCGAAGACAUCGAGUUCUCAGAUAAAACCGAGGACGCGUUCAUCAAUUCAAACAUUGAAAUGAAUGGUUCAAUUUCUGGUAAACACAAAAACGAAAUUCAAUGCGACAAAGCAAUACGUGAAACUACGAAUAGUCCCAUCGUCAAGACACAUAUUCUGAGUCAAUAUAAAUGCGACAUAUGCAAGAUAAGUUUUAUGGAGCCACAUGAUAUACUCGAUCAUGAAUGGGAAUAUUCUAAUUAUGGUACCAAUGCGUGUGAUGUUUGUAACCGAAAAUUUAUGACUAAGAGUCAUCUGGAGAAACACAAGGUCAAACACUUUCGAAAAGAUGCGAUCUGCAUGUAUAAAUGUCAUGUCUGCAAGGAAGAUUUCACAAUGGAAGAUGAUUUGAAAAUGCACGGACUGCAUUUACACGGACCUCAAUUUAUGUUCGAGAAAAUUUCUGAAACGAGUGAAAGUCGCGAGUCUAGUAUAUCAAAUUGUGAAAAGGUACAUGAUACCGAUGAUACUUUGGAUGUUGUCAUGGGUAGCGGAAUAGCCGAAGAUGAAGGAAUACUGUUGUUUCAAAAGAUUUCAAACAGAUUAUCUGCGGAACUGGUGCUUGAAAAUUCAUACUGUUGUGAUUUCUGUACAGUAAGUUUUGGUACCAGGUCUUUAUUGACGAAUCAUAUGAAGAAACAUGCCUACCGUCCAUAUUAUACAAAUUCUUCCAAAUACCUCUGCUUGAUCUGUAAAAAUACAUUUCGGACUAACGAUAUUUUGAGAGCUCAUGUUAUACAUUAUCAUACAUUAGAUCAUAAACAAUCGACUACAAGUGAGCCUGAACCUUUGGAAAAAUCUAUUCCUGAUGAAUCGCUGAAAUCCCAAACUAGCGUUAAUCGUGACUCUACGAGCAUUGACGAUCAGGAUGUCCAGGAUACGGUGGAAACUUCACCUUCGAAACACGCAAAUUUAAAUCAGUCACUUAGUUUACCAAAAGACUGCAGCGCAGUCGAUGACUCAAGCACUACUCCAUCCGAAGCAAAAAGUCAGUCAUCCAAUUUUACAGAUGACGUUCACGAAGAUCAGCAAAACCAUGAAAAUAUUUCGACUCAAGCGGAAGUAACGUCAGUCUCAAUCGAUGAAGAAUUGUUCACCAGCGAGUUGGAGAAGUUGAUAUGUACCAUUUGCACACAGAACUUUGACUCCACUGAAGAAAUUCGAGCACAUUUUACUUCUGUUCAUAUGAUGAAUGGAGAGUAUGCAUGUACGUUUUGUGGGGAAAUAUUCUCGUAUUUCAUGGAUCUGAAACGCCACAUUUUUGGACUCGAUGACGAUUCUGAAAAUUAUACAUGUUGUCGUGAAAAGUUACGGCAAGUCAUGAAACUAGCUGGUAACACGAGUUCACCCAAAAAUCAUCAUGAAAACAAGCAAAACGAGGAAAAUUUACAGAUCUCGUUAUUUCAUGAAACUGACACCAUUUCAAAAUCUAGUGAAAAACCAAGUUCAAAUAAUUUGAUUACCUUGGGUCAAGGUGACAUUUGUGAUGAAUCAUUUUCAAACUUUACGACUUCGUUGAAACGUUGGGAUUCAUAUUUUGAUAAGGAUCAGUUGCGAUGUGAUCUUUGUGAUAUUACGUUUAUAGAUCAGAGAUUAUUGAACAUACAUAACAUGAAGCAUCAUGAAAAUGGACAAGAACUUUAUAUUGCCAGGAACCAACAGAGCUUGCAAUUAAAUCUUGAUGACCGAACUGUUCAAAUUCGUAUGCAAUACGAAGUCAUGCUGGACAAUAAACUUCAAGAUGGGGCCGCUAUUACAAGCAGCUUAGUGAACACAAAUAUUUCCGGUAAUUUGAGACGAGUUCCCAUCUCAAGUGAUAAACUACUCAAACAAACUAUAUCGUCCAGUCUGCAAAGCCGAGUUGCUAAAAUACAACCAAUUGCCGAAAAUGAAAAUGAACCUGAUAUCAACGAACAGAUCAACGCUGCAAAUGAUGCAUCAUCAAAAGUUGAUUCACAAUUGAAUCUUGAAUCACAGCAAGACACCGAUUUAUCGAAUAAACUUGACGAUACAAAAAGAUGUGAAACAGAACAAUCGGUUGCGCAAUUUCGAAUAAAAAGCUCUGCUAGCUUCCAAUCUGACGUAAAUCCUGUACAGUCAACUUCGUCAGUCGGUAUACGUUACCACGAAAGUUCUAGUGAAAUUCCACGGAAUUCAAGUGAUGAAAAUUUGACUUACAAAAUGGUGAUAACAGGUACUAAUGAUGAUAUUGAAAAGCGAUACGCUCCAAUAAAAGAUAUUGAAUAUAAAUGUACACAACAGAAGCAACCAUCGUUGCAAUCACAUGUUUUGAGCACUGGUCGAAAUUUAGUAUCCAUCGUACCCACCAUGCGACGUUCAAGAACGCCUGACCACACGUAUAGUUCGCGUAGCCAAAAAUCACGCUCAAGCGACUGUGCAGAUGAGAAAAGGUUAGAAAUUGUACCCCUUUCUUCAGAUGAUACCGGUAACUCAAUCUAUCUCGUUUGUAUUCAACCCACAGUGGAUAGUUCUAACGACAGUGAGGUAUUGGAUGUAGUAAGUACUCCCAUUGAAAAACCUCAUGUGAAAGAACACACUGCUAACAAACUUUCACGUUUGUUACCAUCAACAUCAGGCCCCGAUGUCCGCCCAUUCAAUUACAAACGCGUUGAGUCAUCCUCAGAGUUUGGUAGUGAGCUUGACAAUAACAAGCCAACAGUAGCACCGAAGGAUCGUAAUCUCAAGCCUCACUUGCAAGGCGGUGUCCAAAAGCGACGUUUAAAAAUACUGCCAAUACGAUCAAAUGUUGUCAUCAGUCCACUGCGGAGUUCCUCUUUUGAACGGAACAGUAAAGCGGGCAAUGGUGAUGGGAAUAAUUUACCCAAUGGUUGCGCUCCACGAGGCGGCAGUUCAGGAGGUAAUGGGAACACGAAGGUAUUGACACGUCACAACGUCAAUAAAGAAUUGCAACGUAUAAAUAAUAUCUUGCGAUGCAGCUAUUGCACAAUGCUAUUCAAAACACAAAAUCAACUAGUUGAGCACAUGCUGGCACACAAAGCGAAUAAUCAAUGCCCUGCAUGCGGAUUGAGUUUCUCAAACGAUAAAGCACUCCAACAACAUUUACCCGAGCAUCGAAGUUCGAAAUGUAUCAAAUGCAAUAAGGUUAAUUUCUUCAAUGAUCCUCCCUGCUAUCCUGCAGGAACAUUUGUAUUUUGUACUAAAUGUAAUGCCGUGCUUCCGCCCCCAUUGAGAACAAUAACACCAACGUCAAAAGAUUCGCCCGAUCGUAUUAUGAAAUGCGGUAUCUGCAUGGAGACUUUUAGCACCAUUUCUCAAAUGUCUGUUCACUUUAGAAAAAGCCAUUUGUCAUUCCUUUGCUCCAUUUGUAAUUUGGGAUUUAGUUCGAAGAGUAACUUGACGAAACAUAUGGAGGCCCAUAGAGCAAUAUAAAAUUAAAUAUUGUGGCAUGUAAAGUGUAAACGGUCUUUACGCAUGAGGGGGACAAAAAAAAAAAAAAAAACGCACCAAGAAUAUGAAAGUGGUCACAAAGUAUGAUUGAUCAAGUGUGUGGUUACAGGAAACUAAAUUUUUCUCAUCAACACACAUAAUUUUGGGAAUCUUCCAGUUACUUUAUCGCUUAGAAAGCAGUUAGGUUACCUUAUGUAUUUCGCUAUAAGUUCAAGAUGUCACAAACAGCUAUAAAUUCGAGUACUUGUAGAUUUUCAUACUUGUACUUUAUGUUAGAUUCUUAUUUUUAUAGUAACGCAGUAAAUUGUAACAGUUGACAAGUUUUAUAAUAGCUUUUGAUUUUUUUUUUUUUUUAUAUGUACUCGAUUGGUUCAACGAUUUUUACUCGUUAGUUCGAACGCUAAUUGUAUCAACUAAUCGUUUUAUUUUAGUAAUAAUACUAUGAAAUUUUAAGCCUUACGUUAAAUGCUAUGAAAUCUUUCGUUUCAA